AUGCUGCAGAACUUGGUUCAUCCACAAGAACAGCUUCCCAUUGAAGAAAUUGAAAGCCCACUUGGUGCUCAAAUUUUGGAAUUUUGCGAGUCUGAGUUAUUUCCAGAAACUCUACAAAAUUCUGAAGUUGCUUCAAGCUCAAAUUGCUGCUAUGAAGAGCACUCUUCAUAUCCAGCAAAUCUUUCUGUUACUACAAAUAUGAGUAAUUUCACCAAUACCAUGGACCUCACCCCACAACAUGACAUGAAGCCGGAGGCAGCCGCCAUGAUGGCCACACCCUCAGCCCCCUCCACCACUAGCCCCUCCGAGCCCACUGUCACGUCCACCAUUACCCCUACCACCACUAAAAACAACAGCAACUUCUCCAUAAUAUUCGACUCUCCCGAAGAUAUCGAUAAUGACAUUUCUGCCUCCAUAGAUUUCACCCCUUCUCCAACCUUUUCAGUUCCUCAAUACUUCAACAACAACAUUAAUAAUCAAGAACAAUUCGACAUUUCUUUGCUAAAUAACCAUAUUCAAACUGAAGAUGUU